UCACGCGACCUCGCUCGGCAUUCGAACGAAAAGAAAGCCAGUCUUGAAACGCGUCUGCACACCGCGUCAGAAUGGCCAAGAAGAAGCGACAGAAGUCUUCUUCCACUACGGCCGAAGCCUCCUCAAAAAGCGCCAGCACCAACGCCGUCGAUCGCACCGCAGGCACCACUGACGCCAUCGUGAAAGACAGCCGCGGCAGAUCGACGGUCUGUUCCCCUCUCACGUCGCAGGGCAGACCGGACGCCGGACCCUCGACCGCGCAUCCGGAGACGGUGGGUGAGCCGCCCUCGGACCCUCGAGACGGCAGCCCUCAUUCUUCAGCGCGCAGACUCAGAAAGGCCAAGAAUAAGAAGCCUAAGGCUCCCUCCGCUCCGGCAGAAGAGGCCUCGGCAAGAACCUGUGCCACGGAGGCAGUGGCGCUAGGCACCGUCGAUACCGCCGUGGGCGCCAGAGACGCCGGCUCGAUGUAUACGCACCGCUUGUCGGCACCCACGGCACCAUCACCGCCCAGCAAACUGGGGACUACUAGCCACUCCGCCUUAAGACAGCCCGAGAUGGUUGGAGCCAUGACUUCGGCCUCUCACGAAACCUGCGCCGUGACGCCGCUCGAUCACGUCCUCGUCUUCGGUCACGGCAAGUUCCAGUGGAUCAUCCUGUUCUGCACGCAGCUGGCCGUCUUCUGCAACGCGGUCCACGCCGUGGCCAUGACGACCCUGGCGCGACCCGUCGACCACUGGUGCAGACCGCCGGCCGGGUACGGCGACUUGCCGCCCGAGAUGUGGAAGAACAGCAGCAUCCCCGUCCAGGAGGACGGUUCGUACAGCCGCUGCUUCCGCUACGAACCGCCGUUCGCACCGCACAACGCAGGCGUCAACUCGUCUUCUACGGUUCCCUGCGACGCGGGAUGGGACUACGCCGCUUCGAUCCACACUUCCAUCGUAGCCCAGUGGGACCUAGUGUGCCAUCGACGCUGGAUAUUGAUCGCGAUGACGGCAAGCUACAUGGGCAGCGCGGCCGUCGCCACGCCCCUCACGGGUGUUGCGGCCGACCGGGUCGGUCGGGCUCCGGUGCUGGCCGUCGCACUACUCGUCCUGGUAGUAGCCGGCACCACGCUCACCUUCGCCACCACGGUACUCGUGUUCGCCAUACUGCACGUCCUCAUCUCCGUUUCGGCCGGGACCCUGGUGAUCGUGUCCUCGGUGCUCCUCUUCGAGGUGACCGACUCGUCGCGCCGCGUGCUCUACAGCUCCGUCGCCAUCGCCGGCGGCGUCUCGGCCGCCAACGUGUACUGCGAGAUCAUGUACGAGCUGGCCGACGAAUGGGCACUCAUCCAAAUGAUCAACAUGCUGCCCAGCACGCUGCUCGUAGGCGCCGUGUACUUCAUCGAGGAGUCGCCGAACUGGCUCCUGGCCACGCACAGGUUCCGGCUCCUGAGCAAGAUGGCGAUGUCCGCGGCACAGACCAACGGCGCCGACCUCAACCGCGCGGCCAAGCGGCUGGAAGUCAUCCGCAAGGAGGACAGGCGGCCCAGACCUGAAGUCUUAAGCGAAGGGCUCAACGAGGCGUCGCCCCUGGAGGUGCUGACCAACCCGCUGUUUCGCUCCGGGACCCUGGUCGCGUGCGGCUGCUGGAUUCUGGCGAUGAGCCUCUUCCACCAGCUCCGGGAUAGUCGCGAGCCCCGAAGCGUGUACUACGGCCAGAUUGUGCUCGAAUGCCCCGCCGUGACGGCCAACAUCUUCCUGCUCGAGCGCAAGGGGCGACGCAUCGCCACCGCCAUCUGCAUGAUCGCCCUCGGCUUCCUCGUGGCGGCGCUCGGUGCCUUCUGCUUCAUUUUACCGGAUCCCUCGGGCGACGACGGUCUGGCGCCCCACCUGGAGACGGCGGUCCGCGUGGCGGCGCUGCUGGCCGUCGACUCGGUCGUGGUCAGCCUCUGCGUCGUCACGGUCGAGAUGUACCCGACCGUGCUCAGGGCCGGCGGCCUGGCCUUCGCCUACGGGGGCGGUCGGUUGGGCGCCAUCGCCGCGACCUUCGCGAGCUCCGGCUCUCGCCCGGGUCGGGGCGUCCAGCUCGUCGUGGUCUCGCUGCUGCUGGUGGCGUUCGGCGCCCUGGCCAUGGUCGCGAUGCCCGAGACGACCAAGAUCCACGCCGCGAACACGUCCCCCGUGGUCGACGCGCGCACGGCCGAGAGGGACAAGUGGAUGCUCGACGCGCCACUGAGGCUCGCCCGAGGCAGGCGAGCGUCGAGCAUGGUCCACUUGCGGCGCAAGAGCUCGGUCGCCUCGCUGUCGAUGUUUCACAAGCAACCCUGACGUGUUUUCCGACCGCCUGCCUAUUUCGACGAAGCUGUUUUCCUCGACUCCAGCGAUCGUAUAAGCCAUGUGCACCACUGUACCUAUGACAUUGAAAGGGCUGUGGGAGCUUUGGAAACAACCAUGCGGAUUGUUCAUUUCUUUAUAUCACGGACAUUUUGUGUUUGUGUGUGACGAAGACAUACGCUGAUGUCAUGUGUGUGUGACAAUUCUCCAGUGGGGACGAUUUUCCUGCGCACCAUCGAAGCACAGACAAUGCAGCAUAGCUGCAGUGCUUGGAGGAUGAAGGGAUAGCCAUUCGCCGUGGCUGAAUUUUUGUAGGGUUUGCGACUAGAUCGCUGAUCAUGCAAGAAAGUGUGAUAAUACGAAAGAAGAGGGUGCGGCUGUACCAUCAUAUUAUUGGUUCAACAAAUAGACAGGUUCGCACGCGUGCUUCUUUCCUGUUAUAUAUUUUUUAUGCUUUCGUAGGCAUAAACUGGCAUUUGCUGCCACGCGGCAAUAAGUGUACUCGUAUAAGAUUCGCCACUCUUUUUCGUUGCAAAGCUCAGUUAUUUAUCAUUUUAUUAUUAUUAUUUACUUUUAUGUCACACAACAAGUUCAGGCCUCGCGUUUAUUUUGUCAUAUAAUGGUGCAAUGUUCACUGCUUGCGCUCUUCCUAUGCAGCUCACUGUAGAGUUUCACGCUACGGACAUGUUCAGCAAUGCGCCCAUUGACUAACGCCUGCUUUCUCGCAGCAUCCUCACAUGGUAUAAAUUGGCGCUGCGGAAA